AUCCCAAAGGAAUCACUAUUCCUAUCGUCAAUAUAAUACACCUGCACCUUGCUUGAAUCGGUUUCUGUCCUGGUGGUCUUAAUCUGUGCUUCCAAUUCUGACCGCUAUAUGAAGAAGAUUCUUCACAAUUAGUUGGGUUUAACCACGUGACAAGUACACGACCUCCAUCGAAUACUACCAGCCUAUCUGCGGUGAUCUUUACGAAGUCUCUCUUAUAUUGCUUUCAAUCUCCUUCAUCCAACUUUUAUUAUCCUCUAUCAAGUUCGUUUCACCUGCACUCUUGCAGGUCCUGAAAGCAAUUCUUAAAAAAAGAAAGGGGAAAGGAAAGGAAAAUGACAACCAUAUCCACCCCACCGAUAGAAAUGCCACACGCAGAACCUACAUCUCCUUCUACGACUCCAAUCGAGAUCUCAUUUCCACUUCCAAAGACACCUCAUACGACAGCCCAUGUUCACCUGACUUUCCUGGCUACCUCAACCAUGGUCUUUCUGGCCACGACGACGCCGGGAGAUUCGGCGGGGACGAUGAAGCCGCUGGGGAGUUUUGUGUAUGCGAUGCCGGAUCGCACAAACACCCGCCCCGCACUCUCCACGGCGCUCUACACAUCUCCCGCUAGCAUCGACUACGCGACGCGAACGGCAAAGAUCCUCGCGCGUCGCAUGCGUCGUCCCGUCUAUGUCGGAUGUAGCAUCGACACGGUGGCGGCCGGUUCAACGGCCGAGGAGGAAAUGGAAGGGCUAGCGAAGAUCGUGGACGAGAUUAUGAAGAAGUGGGAUGAGAAACAGAGGGCAGAUGGUGUUGUUAAUGGCGUGUGAAUCUGGGACAGGUUCUUAGCAAAAAAGAAGAUGAGGACGAAGACACUACUUUGCGAGGACAGUUUGCUGUGCUCCUAAGUUGUUGAUGACUUGAUGAGCGUAUUCUGUUUAACCCUUGGAUUGACCGCAGUUUUAAUAACUUAGGAUUCUCCUCUGAUUGUGUAAUCCACCAGUUGAUGCGGCUUCGUGAAGCCGUUCUUCAGAUAUAAUCAAACAUGCCUGUCUACCGCUAUCUAGAUCCCCUGUACAGGAAUAUAUAUAUAUAUAUAUAUAUAUAUAU